CCUCGACAGGACCCGGUCUUUUUCUUCUGAUUCUCCUGAACCGCAUCUUCUCUCCUCUCGUAAUUUAAACCGGCGAUCUCCCGACCUUGUCGCCAAGCAAAACGAAUCAGAAAUGGCGAUGAGAUCGGCAAUAGGAGGAAUUCCUCGCCUGUCCCAAUCGGCGGCGAUCGCCGGAGGAGCCGCUCGGAGGAGCGCUCGCCCCUUCAGCGACGGGAAAGGUAGAGUUCUUAGCGAGGAGGAGAGAGCCAAGGAGAGCGUCUACAUCCAGAAAAUGGAGAAGGAAAAGAUGGAGAAGAUGAAGCACAAGGCGGAGAAGGAGAAGGAGAAGACGGAGCUGGAGAAGGCCGAAAAGAAACAAGAGGAAACUUAUAAAGGCUGAUGCAGCUGCCCUCUUCUUGUCAUGCAUUCUGAAGCAAUAUGAUGCGGGUACAUAGGGAACAGACGUUGAAUAAAUGUAUAUUAUCUUAGGUGAAACCUGCUUUGUUUCCACCAAAGACUAACUUGCUGUUUCCAUUGGCAGCAAACCAUUUUAAUCCUAUGUCCCAAUGUUCAUCUGUUGCUGGACUCUUAUGACUAAAUCAGGAAUUGUUUCAUGAUUGAAUUUGGAUGUUCAGAGUUCUAUCU